CGUCUACCUUACAGAAUUCCUAGUUAAUAGUACAAAAAACACAUUGAUUUAAAAAUUCCCCUUUUAAAUUUUUGUUGAACACUCGUAUAACACCAUGGAACAAGUUAUUGAAAUCGUAGACUCGUUUGCUCGCGGUGAUGCUAUUGGAGCAUUGGCUGAAACUGGCCGCUUUCUCUACAUCUACAACUCAACUACACUUAUCGCAUCGGUAGGUGCUAUAGUAGGGUUAAUUCUUCUAGGAUCCCUGUUGUGGAUCGCCGUUGCAUCAGUGGCGAAAACCGAAAAGGUUUAUAACAGCUACGGCAGUAACAAUUAUCGGAAAACUCGUUCAACGGAAAACGACGAGGCAGCGCACACAUUCAUGGAUCUACUGGCUAUGCUGGACGAAACUUUCCGAAAAAUGCAUUUAAACAACUUCGACUGCCAGAAGCGCGCUGUUUGUGAAGCUCAUCGACGACGCAGUGCUACGGAAACCAUCGGCCCCUUUGUUCGACGUAUCGUCUACAUCUUUGGUCAGUUGGAUGACAAGCCACUGAGUGCACUAGAGCCAGAAUCUGCUGACUUUUUGGCCAAGUAUUUCGAAGCGGCCGAUAACGGCAGACGGAACGAAAAUUGUGCUGAUUUAUAUACCGCCUGCUCGGAGGUUAACAUUUUCAACCCGGUAGUCCACAAUUCGCUGUAAUGGUGCGGUGCAGAUUGGUUAACCCCCAACAUUUGAUGAAAAAUCAUGUGCUUCAAUACCCGACUUAUUCACAACAAGAUUAAUUGGCUACAGAAUUCUCCGAAAAUCAAACUCAACGCAGAAAGACGGAAACACCGUAGAGUGCGUGGAAAAUAUGAAAAUCCAUGCACUAUAUUUAGUAGUAGCUAUACAAAAUUAUUCGUGUUGGGCUGCAUUUCGGAGCAAAAGGCAACCAACUCUUUAUAUGGCACAGUGUCGUUAAAUCUUUGUUAUGUGUUUGUUCUAACUUAUUUAUUAAAACUUAGUAAAUUGCAAUCUCAAAAACGA